GUUCUAUGCAACCUGUGCUACGUCUCGCCCAUUCGUUGGGUGUCGAACAUGACCACGUUCCCAGUGCUGUCGAGAAGUCUGAAAGCAUGAAGAGGUAGUGGACAAGCACAUCGCUUUACAUCCACAAGCUGCAAUGGAGAUCGAGCGAGCGGCUAAGCGCAGACGACUGGACAAUACCCCCGAGGCGGCGCCUUCGAAAGGAAAAGCAUUGGUUACAUACAAGAGUAGGACGCCUGGCUUCCAACGUGUGACUGGUGCACAGCAAAAAGUGAUCGAUCUAAGCGAGAAGUUGUCCGACGCGCAGAUAGCAUGGGCGGAAGCGAAGUCUAAGAGUCGCCAUGGCCUGUUGCAGAGCAGGAAGGGGGAGCAUACAGUGUAUGAUGAUGUCGAUGACGCUUUGAAAUCCACCCCGAAGGAGACUGUAACUGGCCAGAAGCCCGUCUCCACUGCGAAGGCUGCGGAGGCUGCGGAGGCUGCAAAGGCUGUCUCCACUGCCAACACCAAGGCCAAACUUGACCCGCUGCGGAACCAGAAGGCGGACGGCGUGAGCUCACCGGUUGCACGAACACCAACAAAAAGUGCGGCGUCUGUUGGCUUCUUCAAGCAGUUCGCAGCCAAAAGACAUGCGCCUUCCCCAUCCCUGCAAUUUACGGAGCCUGGAGUGCCAGAAACUGACCGCCACGACACGCCACUCGACAGCCCGGGGACAGGGUACAGCGCUAUUGUGAACGACGAUCCACAGGACAUGGAGCAGAGGAGUGCCCAGCCUAGUGAUGUUCGGUCGAGCGGGAGGAUACGCCGUACACCGAAAAGGUAUGAAGUAGCCGCAGAACCUUCAUCUCGCAGUGUCACGCCGUCCACGCUCCGCAAAUCAAAGACUCUGGAAAAUGAAAUCAAGGAGCUUGCGGCGUCAGCAGAGAAGGAUGCGGCCAAUGAAGCCCGACGCGAGACGAGGUCUGAAGCGCUUCUCGAGCAAGCUUUGGAUCAUCCGUACCGAAAACAGGAGCCGGAACCAGAAGUGCGCGACGCGUCAAAGUCGCAACGCAAAGAAGCCGUUAGGAACAUCCCAAAGACUGUGCGUAGGACUACAGUGAAGAAGUCCGAUCAUGCGGACUCCGAAGUUGCCGUCGAAGCGGACCAUGUCGAGGGUGUGGUCGACACAGCAAGCAGCGUGAGGCGCAGAGAGCAGCAGCAGCAGAGUCACGAUCCUGUUGAUGAAGAGGUGUCUCGUGACGCCAUAGUCCCCAAGGUAUCUGUGCCAGCCAACCGUACACUCAUGGCUGCAGAACUCGUCGACAUCCAAUUAAUCAUUCUGGAGAAGCUGACAGGCAAGCGCCCAAUACCACUAACGAACUUAUCUGAUGAAUACGUUAAGGUGUCUGCACUUGUCACGCAGACUGUGACAGCGGGAGAGAGCAACAGCAUGCUCGUCAUCGGCGCCAGAGGCAGCGGCAAGAGUGCUCUUGUGAACCAAAUCGUUCGCGAGCAGGCUGCGGAGCAUCCGGAAGAUUUUCACGUGGUCCGCUUGAAUGGCUUCAUUCAUACGGAUGAUAAGAUUGCGCUCCGCGAGAUAUGGCGGCAACUGGGACGCGAAAUGGAUACUGACGAGGAUGAGAGUGGAGUGAAGAAUUACGCUGACACACUUACGACGUUACUGGCUUUACUCUCCCAUCCAGGUGAACAAGGACGAGAGCAACCGAAUCAGAUCACGAAGAGUGUCAUUUUCAUCCUGGACGAGUUCGAGCUUUUCGCAAGCCAUCCGCGGCAAACGCUACUGUAUAACCUCUUCGACAUCGCGCAAAGCAAGAAGGCGCCUAUUGCUGUGCUAGGCCUCACCACCAAGAUCGACGUCUCCGAGAGCUUGGAGAAGCGGGUGAAGAGUCGUUUCAGCCACCGCUACGUGCAUCUUGGGUUAGCGAAGAGCUUGACGGCUUACCAAGAAGUGUGUAAAGCUGCCCUAUCCCUGCAACCUAGUGACGCUGCGGAAGAUGGAAUACCGAAGGAUGCUAGUAAUGUGAUGAAGACCUGGAACGCCCUGGUGACGAAUCUAUUCGCUUCCGAGCCGUUUGUGAACCAUCUACGGCGCUCGUUCUACACUACAAAAUCUGUGCCAGACUUCAUGUCGAGCAUGCUUGUGCUCUUAGCUACGCUGCCUGUAGGAGACGACAUGGACAUAGCUACACUGUUUGAGCAUAUCACGUCCCCCAACACUUUUGCAAUGAGCGCGCCGGACUCGAAACUCACUUUACUUCCCAGCCUAAGCACUCUUCAACUUGCGUUGCUCAUAUGCGCAGCGCGCUUGACUGUAAUCUACAAUACGGACCUUGUCACUUUCCCGCUCGCAUAUGAGGAGUACAAAGUGUUGGCCUCGAAGGCGAAGCUGCAAGCUACUGCAUCUGGAUCUUUGGCUUCAGGAGCCGGAGCGAGAGUGUCUGGCACCAACGUUGCAAGAGAUGCAUGGGAUGUCCUAAUCAAGCGCGGUCUUGUGAUGAGCGAUGGGCGAAGUGGCAAUGCUGGGAGAGUGGAUGUUGGCUUGGAAGAAAUCGGCUGGAGCGGUGUUGAUCUGGGGCAGUGGGGACGGUGGUGUAGAGAGAUCUGAUAUACGUGCAUCUAUACUAUACACCGUGUCCUGGAUGCAGCAAUUUAUAUUCACGUGCA